AUGAAGAAACUUCUCUUGAUCUUUCUCUCCUCUUUUCUCAUCAUCCAAUCCGUUCACGGGUUCGAUUACCACGACAACGAACUAGAGAGCGAAGAGAGCUUAUCAAAGCUCUACGAUAGAUGGAGGAGCCACCACUCUGUUCCUAGGAGCCUUCAUGAAAGAGAAAAGAGAUUCAACGUUUUCAGACACAAUGUGAUGCAUGUCCACAACACCAACAAGAAAAACAACUCCUUCAAGCUUAAGCUCAACAAGUUUGCAGACUUAACGGUUAAUGAGUUCAAGAAUGCCUACACGGGAUCAAACAUUAAACAUCACAGAAUGUUUCAAGGACUGAAACGUGGCUCGAAAGGGUUCAUGUAUGAAAAUUCAACCCGACUUCCGUCCUCCGUUGACUGGAGAAAGAAAGGUGCUGUCACUGAAGUCAAGAAUCAAGGAGAGUGUGGAAGUUGCUGGGCAUUUUCUACGGUUGCAGCCGUUGAAGGAAUCAACCAGAUCAAGACGAACAAGCUAGUCUCACUGUCUGAACAGGAACUAGUGGAUUGUGAUACAAAACAGAACCAAGGUUGUAACGGAGGCCUCAUGGAGAAUGCAUUUGAAUUCAUCAAGAAGAACGGUGGAAUCACCACUGAGGAUAACUAUCCCUACGAAGGUAUUGAUGGAAAAUGUGACGCAUCAAAGGAUAAUGGUGAGCUUGUGACCAUUGAUGGUUACGAGGAUGUACCCGAAAACGAUGAAGAUGCUCUUCUUAAAGCUGUUGCAAACCAACCUGUAUCUGUUGCAAUUGAUGCUGGAAGUUCAAAUUUCCAGUUUUAUUCUAAGGGAGUGUUUACUGGCCAUUGUGGAACAGAGCUGAACCACGGUGUUGCAGCGGUUGGUUAUGGAUCAGACUCAAAAGGGAGGAAGUAUUGGAUUGUAAGAAACUCAUGGGGACCUGAAUGGGGAGAGGGAGGCUACAUAAAGCUUGAGAGAGGGACUGAUGAUCCCGAAGGAAAAUGCGGUAUUGCGAUGGAGGCCUCUUAUCCGGUCAAGAUCUCGUCUUCUAAUCCAGAUAAAGAUGAUGACGUCAAAGAUGAGCUCUAGAUAUGUGUUCACAUUUUGUAAGACCAUAUAAAUGGUGAACCCAAUUUCUUACCAGUUCAUGUUUUUAUGCUUUGUCUGCAUGGUUUGAUAUUGACGUUUGGUUUUAAAUUUGAAUAAAAUGGUCUCGUGUUUUCUC